CUUUUUCAAGCUUCUUCCAUAUUAUUAUGAGACGGUUCACGGUUCUCCUUACCUCUACCCUUCAUAAGCAGAAGAUAGCAUCUAAUCAAAAUGACAUUGACAACAAAUCGUCAGUCAUUAUUAGUCAUUCAUUAAUGUCAAGUCCAUUGGGUCGAGAAAAGUGAGUUCCGUCUGGUUCUGUCUGGAAUUUAAAUUAUUUCUAACAAAAAAUGACGAUUCGACGAAUAAUUACGAUGUCUGGAACAAUACUACAAUACAAUCGUUCAGCUCCAAUAAUUAUUAAUAAUUUUCAACUAUUGAAUCAACCCAGAUUCACAACCAUAACAAGGCUGAAACACACAAAAGCACUGAGAAGUGAAAAGGAAAAAAUACGAACCUAUUUUGUACAAAGAUACAUUGAUUAUGUAAAGAAUUACACAAAAGUUCUUGAGACGAGAUUUCCAAAUGCAGUCAAAAUGUACAGAGUAUUUAGUGUUGGUAUCAAAGAUUUCUUAAGAGAUUUAAAAAUGUAUAUUACAUUGAGAAUAAAAGUUGCUAGGGAUCAUGGUUUCUCGAAAAUGAGCCGACAAGAAAUUGAAUUGUACACGAAGAUGCCAUCAGACAUGUUGAGAAUAGCACCUGUUUUGAUAUUGUCGGCUAUACCAUUUGGAAACUAUAUUAUUUUCCCUUUAGCGUUUUUAAAGCCAAGGACUUUGCUGUGUUCUCACUUUUGGUCGAUCCAGCAGAAAGUUGAAUUCUCCAGGCAAGAGUUAACAGAAAGACUACGUCACAAUAAGCCAGUAUUCAGGUCUUUACAGGCCCAAGUGGAAAUCAUCCCUGAUGGUGAUAUUAAAUUAAAAUGGAAAAGGGUGAUCGCUUCUCUUGGUUCUGGUGUUCAUCCGUCACCAAAAGAUGUGUUGGCUUGUAAAGACCUGUUCACGAAGGAGCCAUAUCAGUUGUCCAGUCUCAAUUAUGCUCAUUUAGGACAUCUACUGAAAAUGCAUGGCUUAAGAAAAUCAAUAUUCAGAACAAGCAAACUAAAGUAUCGAGCAUUCUUACUAUUAGAAAUGGACAAAGCCAUCAUUAGAGAAGGUGGUGUGAACAUUUUAAAUGCUGAGACUUUGAGAAACGCAUGUCACAUGCGUGGAUUGAAUGGGAGCAACCUCCCCAACCAGGACAUGAGGAAUUGGUUACAAAAUUGGCUGAGCGUUUCUGAAAAUAUUGAUAGGACAUCAUAUUCAUUAUUACUACAUUGUCCGAUUUUCUUUGCGUACAAUCAUCCACAGAAUUGGGUACUAAUUUAUUAAGGUUGUUAUUUGUUAAUGAAAAGUUGUUAAAAAGUGCCUAAUGUUUUUGUUGGUGAUGUUUAACUAUAGACUAGUUACGUAUCUUGCUCAUGUAUAAUUUUAUUGAUCGGGAACUCUUUGAUUCAGGAUCUUGAUAGUUAUUUUUUUCUAAAUAUAAAAGAACUACAAUCAUUGCUCAAAAAAAAAAGAGUGAGAAAUACUAGGCAAAAGUAUAAAUAGAUCUUAUGUUAUCUGAAGAAUUUUUCAUCAGAAGUUUGUAAGAUUUUUUCAAAUUCCAUGUUCUCAAAUUUACAUAAUUUAUGUACAUUUUAUGAGAAUUUGUAGCUCUUUGACGUGGAUAAAAAAAGAAAAAAUAAUAUGCUAAAAUAAAAAUAUUAAAAAAAUAUGAAAUCGUAAACAUUGUGAUACUAAAAGUGAAUGAGUCCUCAGACUUAGAUAUUACAUUUAUUUGUAUAUCAAGAAAUUCAUUUGCAAUACUAGUUUUUAGAUUAUGUUAAAACGUAAUUGUUUGUUUGUUACUAAUUGUUAAUAAUUUUGUUAGUUUGUCAUUAAAUUCGUUGUCACUGUAUGUUGUUAAAAAAUGUAAUGCUUUUGCACAAAAUAGCUAAACACAUUAUUUAUAAAUGCAACGUAGUUGAUAUCUUUCGUUUGACGAUGAUGCUGUAAUUAAUUUUGAAUAUUUUUGUUAAAUUAUCUUUUAUUCCUUUAAGGCCCAUUCCCGAGGACUAGAUUAUUGCUUAGCGCCGUAACAUUUAGCGCGUGAUAAAUUCUAUUUUUCAUCACAUAGUCUUUCGGAAUGUUAACAGUAUUAGUCUUUGAUUUCCUAAACCGAAAUAAAAUUAUUUAUUUUCA